AUGGCAAUUUCGACACGAUCUGGAUGUUUGACCUUGUUCGCCUACCUGUUCGUCUCCCUUCGACUUGUGUCCGCCCAGCGACCAGAGAGCGCUUCCGUCUGUGAUUACUACGCACAACAACGGUUUGGGACCAAUAGCAGCGAGUCGCAGUUACGGUUCAUGCAGAAUGUAGUAUGUCUUGCAUUCGAAGGAGGCUCUACUUUACCCAACAUAUCGUCAGACUUGACUGGGAUUCUCCGACCCGGAAAGUUCAAAGGCAACAACAUUGACUUGAUGCCGUACUUCAACGGAUCAAGAGCCUCUACCAAUGUUAACAAUGCCGCGAUCGGUAUCAACUGGUUGGAUCAGGGCGGGCCUGCACCGCUUGCUUCAUUUCUUGAAGGAGGCGACUCGCAAACUUUGGUUUUGGCCAAUACUUCGAAUCAAUAUCAUUUGUUCAGUAACUUCUUUGUCGCAUUCAGUCGAUCAUUUGGAUGUACCCUGCCGCCUCGACCGCCGCCCAACACCAACGGACCAAUAAGUCUAGCGUAUGCGCACAAGUUCAUGAACCUUGAGUAUAACCAGCUAGGCUACUUCAUCAGCCAGCUUGCUCUGGCAGCUCAGUACUUCGGAGUAUCGUCGCAAGAUGCCGGCUCGAUCGAAACAUCAUUAAAUACUCGUGUCAACAUUCGUUGUGCGCCAGCCACUUCUGCCAAUCCGCCCAUGCUGCUUAGUCUUUGCCAAAAUCCGACGUGUCCGCUGGCAGUGCCUAUAAGUGACUGCGCGGCAUAUAACAACCUGACCGCGGUUGGAGUCACUGACAGCAAACCUACCACCGUGGCAAGCAGUCUGCUUCCGACUUUGACGGCAUCAUCAAGCGGCACCAGUCAGUCUGGAUCUUCUAAUUCAGGUGUAGCAUCAUCGGAUUCCAGCGGGCUCAGCACCGGUGGCAUUGCAGGUGUCGCCGUCGGCGGUGCUGCCAUCCUCCUGAUCGCGGUUAUCGCAAUCUUCUUCUUCCGCCGCAAGCGAAGCCGGACCCCAUCACCGACAGCAACAAAUCCUGCUCCUGAAGCUACAUGGAACCAACAGGGGUUUGGCUCACCAACCAAUCACUCGAUUUCUUAUGGCCCUAAGGACCCACAUCAAUCUUACCUCUCGACUGGCGCCCCUCCAUCAGAAAUGGAUACGUCUGGCUACAUGAGUGCCAGCCCUCCACCAGCCAGUCCAGACCCUACGGCACAUAAUGCUUACAAAAGAUACUCUGAGCAACAAUAUCAACCGUACUCGCCGCCACCAGUAGAGAUGGAUACCUCACGGACGCCAGGAGCAGGAAUGGGCCAUGGACCCUUUGCACCACCUCCCAUUGCGAGUAGUCUGGAGUGGCAACAUUCGAGCCGCGAAUCCCCAGUCCCUGUGCACCAGCAGCACAGUUCCCAUCAGUCUUGA